AACUUGGAUUUUAUAUCGCAAUAAACUAAUAUCUGUCUACCGACUCAAACACGGUUCAUCAGUUACGUUUCGUGUGUGUUCUAGUAAAAAUUAAAUUCAGUUUCCCAUUGCGUCGAAUACAGUUCAGUUUCGAUAUCUACGCGGUAUCUUACUUUUUGAUAAAACUUAACGCAUUUGUUUGCUGAGGUAUUCAGCAAAAGAUAUUCCAAGUUCAUUGUAUGUUUUACUUCAGUCGAACGCAUAUCGGGCUUUAGUAAGGCGGAUAAUUCAGAAACAAAUUUUUGAUUUCGUUUAAACAGUGAAACGAGAGAAUGUUACGUCUUACAAGAUAUUUUAUCGUCGCUAACAACAGGAAAACUUUCUUGAAAGAAGUCACGAGGUAGUUUAGCUCAGUUGUUAACACUUCAGAUGAUUUGAAUUCGGAAAUUUCUAAUAUGUUUUUUUAUGGAACAGAAGCCUCACAGUGACCAGCACAUUGCCAGCCCAAGCCCCACAACCGGCUAAACCGAAUCAAUCGUUCAUGAUGAAUCUGUUUGCCGGGCAGUUGGAAACGUCCCAGCUGUUCCCAUAUCCGGAACCACUCGACGAUGAGCAGCGAGAAUACCUGCAGGCUAUUGUUGGCUCGGUUAAUCGUUUUUUCGAUGUGUGAAGUAAAUGAUCGGGAGAGAAACGACGAAACGUGUGCCGUGGACGAGAAAACGAUGGACACUUUUUGGGAGCUGGGAGGCAUGAGUCACUUCAUUCCGGCAGAGUACGGAGGUUUGGGACUGAUGAACUCUCAAGCGGCUCGUCUAGGGGAUAUCGUUGGUGGAAGUGAUCUGGCCUUUUCGAUUCAUACGGGAGCGCAUCAAACCAUCGGAACGAAGGGUAUCAUAAUGUAUGGGACAGAGCAGCAGAAGGCGAAGUAUUUGCCACAGCUUAGCACCGGGAAAGUUUUCGGGGCGUUUGCUCUGACGGAACCAUCGGUAGGUUCCGAUGCCUCUUCCAUCAAAAGUCGUGCGGUGUUAAGUCCAUGUGGAAAGUUCUACACACUUAAUGGGUCUAAGAUUUGGAUUUCCGGAGGAGGUAUAGCAAAUAUUUUCACUACGUUUGCUCAGGUUGAAAUGACGGAUCCGAAAACCGGCCUCAAAAAAGACAUGAUUACGGCUUUCAUAGUAGAUCGUAGUUUUCCAGGGGUUUCUACUGGUCCUCCGGAAUCUAAAAUGGGUCUCAAGUGUUCUGUGACUACGGACGUUUACUUCGACGAUGUUAAGGUGCCAGUUGAGAAUGUGCUCGGAGAACCUGGAAAUGGCUUCAAAGUGGCCAUGAAUAUCCUAAACUCGGGACGAUUCGGAUUAUGUGCAAUGCUAACGGGCACCAUGCGUUUCUGUAUCAAAUCAGCUGCGGAGCAUGCUAGCACCCGAAUACAGUUCAAACGGAGAUUAGAGGAGUUCGAAAACGUCCAGGAGAAGCUCGCCAAAAUGGCUAUGUACCACUACGUUUCGCAAACUUUGACCUUCAUGGUUGCCGGAAACAUGGAUUUGGGAUCUACCGAUUUCCACCUGGAGGCAGCCAUUACUAAAAUUUUCGGAACCGAGGCUGGCUGGUACGUAUGCGAUGAAGCCAUCCAAAUUCUUGGUGGAAAUGGGUACAUGAAAGCCUCCGGUUUGGAGCAAUUUCUCCGCGAUAUGCGAGUCUUCCGGAUAUUCGAAGGUGCCAACGAUGUUUUACGACUGUUUGUUGCACUAACUGGAAUACAAUUUGCUGGUAAUCAGCUGAAGGGAUUGCAAAAAGCAUUGAAGAGUCCCCUUUCAAACAUGGGAACAUUAAUGCAGGCAGGGUCGAAACGUUUGUUCAAGAAGAUUGGAGUUGGAGGAACUGACCUAAGUCCGUUUGUUGCAGAUCCUCUCAAGAGCUCUGCUAAAUUGUGUUCUCAGAGCAUCGAUCAAUUCAGUGAAACCGUUGAAUCUUUGCUGAUGAAGCAUGGCAAGGGCAUUGUCGAGAAACAGUUCCUUCUGGCUCGGGUUGCCGAUAGUGCGAUAGAUAUCUAUACGAUGGCUUGUGUACUGUCCAGAGCUACCCGUGCCGUUCGAAAAAAUCUUCCAUCGGCACAUCAUGAAGUUCUGAUGGCCCAGGCGUGGUGCACCGAGGCCAACCAUAGGGUACAGCAACACAUUUUGCGGAUAAAUGGGCCGGAUUUCCAGGAAAAUUACAAAAAGUUCUCGGAGAUCGCCAGAAAUGUUUGCAAAAAUCAAGGAGUUGUCCAAAGCAAUCCGCUGGAGGUCGAUUAAUGAGAGCUGCUGCUGCGAAUUGUUAGGUUUGCUAAUUUUUUUUUUUAAUUUACGGAUAAAGUAUAUUUUUAUGAUAAUAAACAAUAUCCUCAUAAAUAAAAAUAGAAAACCUACUCCAAAUCCAUGAAGUAUACCUACUUUAGAAAUUAGAAGAAGCGUAUCUAUCUACAUUUUUCAUGACCGACCUAUGUACCCAAAACGCUCUCGCCGGUAGCAGUUUUAGGUAACUCUUUUCAUGACGAAUUUUCUUUCCAAGUUCUCCUUUAGGAAACAUAAGUCAAGAGGUUUCACAACAACUCCCUAUGCUGUCGCUUCAUCUUUCUCUUCAAUAAGAUUAACGAAGAAGAGUUGUUGUUCAAUCUCCAGCUCUCGCAGUAUUACCACUGACCAUACUGACUGGACACUCGAUUUCGUUUUCUGGAUAAUUUUUCCAACAGUACGCAAUGUCGAUUCCAGAGUGCGCAUCGAUCGAUUUGAAGAAAUGCUAUCCCAGUUAGGAAAUACCACCCAACUUUAAAAAUAAAACACGCAAUUUCUACGAUAAAAUCGGGCUAACCAGGACCAUUUUUCCUAUAGGGCAUUUUUUGUCAAAUUUUUCAGGUUCGCCACCUGCCGUCGGUAUUGCGAACCUGCAAAAUCUGACAACAAAAAAUUAGACAGAAAAUGGUUGAAUUUUUGUUUUAAGUGUCAUAUCAGUGUGGUCAGUGAUAUUACCACGGUCGCAACUUCGAAAACACUUCGUGAAGCAUUCUCUCGCUAUAGCGACGCAACACAAUGCACCAGUGAACCGUUCGAGGCGUUCUUUCGGGUUAAUGAAAUAAAGAGGGAGAGAAGCCAUAAAUGUUCUUGACCUGACUGAUGACGUUGUAACGCUUACUCGAAGACACCCAGAUAUGCAUUUAUUAUUAAUUUACAUGGAUUUCCGUCUCACGACAUGACCUGAUGAACAAUAUUUCUCCAAUUCACUCGGUCCA